ACAACAACCACAUCACAAACCGCAUCAAAGCAUAAACAAACGCCGUGUCGACGCCGCGCCAGAACGUGUUUUUUUUUAACUAAAAUAGUUAAUUUGUGCUAAUGGCCAUAUCCGUCUUGCUUUGCUAAUGUUAUUUAACUAGAAGGGAUAGUAAAACAUGGAAGGAGAAGUGAUACUACCUGCCGCCUGUCGCUGCUGCCUGCUGGAAGACAAGGAUAUGGUCUAUGUGUUCGACAUUUUGGAUGAAUUUGAAAUGAAAAUCAGCGACCUAAUCAGUCGAAAUGGAGCAAUAAAGAUACAAGAACGUGACGCCUUUUCCAAGCACAUCUGUGGCAACUGUCUAAACGAUCUGGCAAUAGCUGAGCGUUUUGUGUUGCGCUGCCGCAAAACCAACGAUCUGCUGAUGAAUCUUAUUACAAGCGAUGCACAGGAAGAUGCGGACGCGCUGGUGGUAAGGAAUGACACACUUUCCGAGACGUACCCGGAGGAUGAUGUAUCUUACGUGGUUGAGGCAUCCGAAGGCCAAGCAGCUUUGUAUGAAGAAAUCACCUUGGCGGAAGAGCAAUCCAUCGACAGUUCCGAACACUACGACGAGGAACUACCGAAAGCAUUUGUGACGCAAAAAGCCGGUAGUUCACAAAUAACCGGUGAUACGUUGUUACAGCUGCACCAUCAAUCAACCGUUCCUGUGGCGGAGUCUAUGAAAGAGACGGUACAAGUGCAGCUGGAUUAUGAGCAUGAAACAAUGAGCACGAUUGAUACGAUCAUUACCGACGGCACAAUCGCGCUUUCCGAUGGACUGUAUGAUGACAUAUUAGAGGAUGGAACUUUGAAACAGGAAGACGAAGAACUGUACCAUAUAAUGGACCAGGCAAAUAGGGACGAUGGUGUGGAUGCGCGGCAAAGUGAUAGUGGUACCAUUACGAGGACGUUCGAUUUUAAGUACAGUUGCGAUCAUUGUGGUGCCAGUUUUGUUACUUUGAAGCAUUACGCGCGUCACUUGCAAUUGCACAAUAUUUUAGCGUGUGAAAAAUGUUUAGAAAUGUUUAAAAGUGAAGAUGUACUAAAAUCCCACGAGAAAUUGUGUUUACGGGAUGCCAAACAUCCCGCAGAAGGUGAAACUAGCAAACGAACGCCGGCAGUGACGACGGAACCUGCAUCCGGUGUGGCGCCACAGCAGAAAAAAUCCCUCGUCUGCUCGUACUGCAACAAACGGUGGAUCUCGCAAUCCGCUCUGACGAUACAUCUGCGCACGCACACCGGCGAACGCCCGUUCGGCUGUCGGUUCUGUGAUAAGCGGUUCAAAACUGCAUCAGCCAUGGAUCUGCACGAACGACGCCACUCCGGUAUGAAGCCGUACGCUUGUUCCGUGUGCGACAAACGCUUUACCGAGGGGAGCAACCUGAAGGUGCACAUGUUGCAGCACACGAACGAAAAGUCCCACGUCUGCACGGUAUGCAACCGUGCGUUCGGGCGCGUCUUUCUACUCCAGCUGCACAUGCGAACGCACACGGGCGAGAAACCGUACGUGUGUGAGGAGUGUGGCCGAAAGUUUACACAGCAAUGCGAUCUAACAGCACACCGGCGCAUUCACAGUGGCGACCGACCGUACGCUUGCAACCUUUGCGGGAAAAGCUUCACCAAGAGUAGCGCGCUGGGAACGCAUCGUAGAAGCCAUCAGAAACAUUUGCUGAAAAGUGCAGAUGAGCAGCACAUGGACUACACGUAACACAGCUAAGGUUUGCCGCUGCUACUCAACCCUUUCUUUAUUGGUGUAUGGAAGGCUCUGUGAGGAGGUCACAUAUGCUUGCGCUGGUCGCGUCCCAGGAGUGCUCGUAGUGAGCGUUACGUCCGUUACGAAGUGGGCCAGUUCGUACAUCAUAAUUACCACAAUCGUGGUACACUCCAGGAUGACGAAGUGUGAUAUGGAGGAGCCAAUUUCCAUCCACGAGCCUUUGUUUUUCACGAGGAAGAAGAAGUUCAUACACAUCCAAUCGCACACCAUCAGUGUGAGAGUGAACAUUUUCGUCUUGGGUACCUGUGUGUGUGUGUGCGUGGAGUCAACCAAGAGGGGUAAAGAAAGAAAAGUGUUUUUUUUAAUCUUGCGUGCGUAACUUAUUUAUACUUGAACUUGUCAAUUGUCUUACCGAGCUGAUGAUGACCAUCGCUUUCAAAACGCAGAUAAGCAGCAGAACUGGUACUAAUAGUUUGAACACAAUCAAUGCCAUCAUGGUGAAGGGUGAGAACGUCGUGACGAAGCAUCGGACCCAGUUGGUAUCGAACGAGCUUACGGUGGCCAAAUUGCCCGUCCCAAAAAAGGAUACAAGCAGAAAUAGCAUCUGUAAAUAUAGAAGAGAGAUAUGAAUAAAAA